AUGCUUUGUUCAUUCACGCAUCUGUUUCUGGUGCUGGGCACAGUAGCCGCAAUUCAAGUUUCAACACCAAGUGGACAGUAUGGCAUUGGGUCUCGGCAAUACAUCCUCAAUCACAUCACUCCGAACGAUCCUAGUCUUGGAGACGGCAAAUUCAUCCUCAUGACAAUUUACUAUCCUACGUAUCACAAGGCGACAAAGAGUCUCCCGUACAUGGACCCUGCCAACGCGAAGAUAUUCGGCGAUGCGUGGGCGUAUCCUAAUGGCUCUCUCGAGACCUUACAGACAGCGUUGCAACCAAAUGCUCCAUUUUUGGAAGUGGCAUCCAGUCCUCAUCUUCCCACUUUGCUCUUCUCUCCCGGACUUGGCAACAAUGGGUUUAUGUACUAUGGCUUGAACAGCGAGUUGGCCUCUCAUGGCUGGACGACUAUAGUCAUUGACCAUCCUGGCGACCCUACGCUGCUUCACUUGCCCGAUGGAAAGUCAGUGGCAGGGUUUGAUAUUAAUUUCAAUCCCUCCGAUACGGAAGUACUCCAAAUCUACGACUACCGGGUCAGCGAUAUGGUCGCUGUGGCAGCUAACUUCCCCUAUUGGGUAGAAGAAUCCCACGCUCCAUUCAACACAUCGCACUACAUCGCAUUAGGUCACAGUAUCGGAGGAGCCGCCGCUGCUGGUGCAGCCUCCAAGGUUAAUGAAAUUAUUGGAGGCAUCAACAUGGAUGGGGCUUUUGUAUCCCCAUACAAGAACAUCGAGAAGCCAUUUCUCAUUCUUAACAGCGUCAACCACUCAUCGGAUCCAUUUCUUGCUCUCAAUGACGUCGACCACUUGUCGGAUCCAUCUCAAAAGGACUUCAUUGAUAUUCAAUCCUCCUGGUGGGAGCUCUUGAGUAUUUUUGGCGCAUUUCAUUAUGACUACACUGAUGCCGUACAUUGGGUCGAGCGACUCGGCAUUGAGAACAAGACUCAGAUGCCAUCCUUGGGUUCUAUUGGAGGUGACAGGAUGCUGAAGAUUGUUAGCAAGUACACAACGGAGUUCCUCAACUUUGUGCUAGGCGAAAACGGUUGCAUCUUUACGCACCCAAGUUUAGAGUGGCGCGAAGUGAUCUAUGUUAAUGGCAGUAGCUUUCCAGCUUUUUGAUCCAUAGUGGAUCUAGAAGCCGCGAACCAUAAGCGAGAGCACGGCCAGAAGGUAUAGAUCGCUCUGAGGAGUGCAAGCUCCUCUAAAUUUUUGCUCCGUACUGUAUAUAUCUUUGUGGGGAGGGGUGGAGGGGUUUACUUCUCAUGAUUGUACAAUAAGUAAAUGAGGUAAUAUAUUGUUGAAAAAAAAACCCUGUGCCUUAAAUACCUUUAAACAUGAUGAGAACAAACGAAAGAUGCCAGUGAU